AUGGCAGCACCUCCUGAAAAGUUCGGUGUGGAGGAGCAUAGAACCAUAGUCACGUGCCUGUUUCUAAAAGGGAAACGUGCCAAGCAGAUCCAUGAUGAAAUGUCGCACACUUUGCUCUACAGUGUGGCCGUUCGUAUGCUACCGCUGUUCACAGACAAGAUUGAGGCAGCCCACCAGUCUGAGGAGCAAGCCAAUGAGCUGCUGAGCACUCAGGAGAAGAAGAUGAAAGCUUCCCUGGAACCUCAGAAAGGGGAGCCACUGCCUGCCAGCCAACAAUCUGCGCUUUCUCAGGCUGAUGACCUUGAAGAAACCCUUAUGAAAGCCCUUCAGAAAGCUGGCAAGCACAUGGAACAUAGCAUAGUGUGUGCCUACAUUGCCUUGCUCCUUGGCUGUGCUGUCCAGAAUAACAAGCGCGCUUGGGGUCAACCAGAAUCCAGCUGCUCCAGCUCGCUGGUUCCCUGUCAACAAGGACGAAUGGGGUAGCAAAUGAAGCUAAAGUAAAGGCUUCCCAAGGUCAUCGCACAUGGUGG